AAGAAAGAGAGAGACAGAGAGAAAAUAUAUAGAAAUAUCAAAUUUGAAAAAAAGAAAAAAAAACAAUUACAUCUAUAAGUGAAACUAUGUCGCAAGAUUCAGUCCGAAAAAUUACAAAAUCUAAUGUGGAUAAGGCUAGACAACUUGUAAUGAAACAUAAUACGAAGAGAAAAAGAGAUAUGGAAGUCACAAAUAAUCGUAAAGUUACUUCUUAUUGUAAGAGAUUUCAAGGUGAUAAGAGAAGUAGGACAGCACUUGUAGGAUUUUCAAAGAAUUUAGCAUUGUUAGAGAUGCAAUCUUAUAUCGCCCAUCAAGAUUGGAAGCAUGCAUUAAAUUUAUUUCCUAGACUUCUCGAAUGUCCUAUUGAAUUGGAGCCUUUAAUAUGGAGAUACGCAUUUAUAAUUUUAUUGCAUACGAAUGAUCCAUUACAUCUCCAUCAAUUUUUCAGUCAGUGCAUUGGUAGUCACAGUUCAAAUAACAGCAUUUUAUUAAAAAAGUUAUUGUUAUUACCUUUAGAAGAUGAUAAUUCAAGAAUAUGUUCCAGAAUGAGAUAACAGUAAUGUGGAACAUAAAGCAAUAAAUCCAUAUGCCAAACAUUAACAAAC